AAAAAGUCCAUCUGUGAAAUGUCCUUGCUACUAAAUAUUCCACGCUCAAAUGUUAGUGGCAUUAUAAUAAAGUGGAAGCAACUGGGAAAACAGCAACUCAGCCACCAAGUGGUAGGCCACGUAAAGUGAAAGAGAGGGGUCAGCGCAUGCUGAAGUGCACAGUGUGCAGAAGUCGACAACUGUCUGCAGAGUCAAUAGUUAAAGACCCCCAAACUUUGUGUGGCGUCCCUAAGCGCCUCAUGGAAUGGAUUUCCAAGGCUGAGCAGCUACAUCCAAGCCUUACAUCACCAAGUGCAAUGCAAAGCAUCGGAUGCAGUGGUGUGAAGCAUGCCGCCACUGGACUCUAG